ACGCACACCAUUCUAAUAUAUUUUUGUAUGCAUGCAUGACUUUAAAAUAUACGCACGCGAAAUUUUCCACGCGCGUCUCGAAUUUGAACUUCCACGCACCUGAAUAGACCCGCAUUCAAUAACCCGGAAAAAGUCACUGGGUCUGGAUUUUAUACAUUUUCUCGACUACGAAAACAGAGCAGCCACUUUCACUUUCAUGCAUGAUACUGAACAACAUUGUCGAGAAAUGGAAUCACUGUUGAAAAGAAUAGUCAGGGAAGAAGUAGAGCGAGCUCUCUCCUCAAAUCCUUCCAGUAGUACUUUUGCACCACCAAGUACAACCACUGUCAACAGUCAUGUUACCGCAAGCUGCACCACCAUCACCACCAACCCUUCUAUCGGCAGUAACCCUAAUGCUAAACGCAGCAGAGAAACUAAUGGAGACACUCAACUAUCCUCCCAUCCUAAAAAGGAGAAGACUGAAGUACGCCUUAAUAAAUUGCUGAAUCAAAUACAAAAGAAAACGCCGAACAAACAAAAUACACCUAAGUCUUCAAAGUCAAUGAAAGUGCAAGUGAGAUACCAAAGAAAAGGCAUAUGUGGCAAUUUUGUUACCGUUAAGCAGUCUGAGGGUGGUGGACAUAGAUUUGCGACAUUUGAGGCGGCAGACGAUCCAUCUUUUGAGGAGCUUAAAGACAUCUCUUUAAAAUAUUUCUUCCCAGAUAAUGGGAAGAAUUUCUUUAAUGAGAAUACGUUUCAGUUGGUUAUCCGACUAUGUGACUCGUCCGGACAGGAAUUGAAUAAAGAUGAAUCAAUCAAAAAAUAUUUAAUGGAACGUGGUCUGACAGCAUCCAGGAUCUACUUCCUAUUGGUAACAGAACCAAUGUUUGAUUCAUCUGAUUCCAGUUCUGAUGAUGAUUCAAACGCAUUAUCCAAUCAGCGGAAGAUAUGUGUUGUUUGCGGUAAAACAUACUUGUAUUUUUGUCUUGCUUGCUGACUCCCUCAAUUCAGA